AUGAAUACAAUGAUGAUAAUUCAUCUUUUGCUUACCAUUAGUAUUUCUCUCUGUACUGGUGCAAAUCAAGUCAAAAAAGAUUUGGGUACAGUGAUCGGUAUCGACCUUGGAACCACUUACUCAUGUGUAGCUGUUUUUAAAAAUUGUCAUGUUGAAAUAAUUGAAAAUGAUCAAGGCAAUCGAAUUACACCAUCCUAUGUUGCUUUUACACCCGAUGGUGUACGAUUAAUUGGCGAUGCUGCCAAAAAUCUACUCACAUCAAAUCCUGAAAAUACAAUAUUUCAUGUAAAACGAAUUAUUGGUCGUAAAUUUAAUGAUUCAUCUGUACAACAAGAUAUCAAACAUUUUCCAUUUUCUGUCAUUGGAGAUAAGGGCAAACCAAUUGUGAAAGUCAAUAUUGGUUAUGGUGAAAAAUUGUUUACACCUGAAGAAAUUUCUGCAAUGAUACUUGGUAAAAUGCGUGAUAUCGCUGAAGGAUAUCUUGGUAAGAAAGUGACAAAUGCUGUUGUCACUGUACCUGCCUAUUUCAAUGAUGCACAACGACAGGCAACCAAAGAUGCUGGCACUAUCUCUGGUUUGAAUGUCAUACGAAUUAUCAAUGAACCAACAGCAGCAGCCAUUGCAUAUGGAUUAGACAAAAUGAAGAAAUGGGAAGGUGCAAAGAAUAUUCUUGUUUUCGAUUUAGGUGGUGGAACAUUUGAUGUAUCACUUUUGACAUUUGACAAUGGUGUAUUCGAAGUACUCGCUACCAAUGGUGACACACAUUUGGGCGGUGAAGAUUUUGAUCAACGUGUCAUGGAACAUUUUAUUAAAGUGGUUAAAACGAAAAAAGGCAUAGAUAUGGGAAAAAAUAUUCGUGCUGUAGAAAAACUUCGUCGUGAAGUUGAAAAAGCAAAAAGAAUAUUGUCAUUUGAACAGCAAACAAGACUUGAAAUAGAAUCAUUUGUUUCCACUAAUGAAGAUUUUAGUGAAAUAUUGACACGUGCAAAAUUUGAAGAACUCAAUAUUGAUCUAUUUCGCUCGACAUUGAUACCAGUAGAGAAUGUCCUGGAAGAUGCCAAAUUGAAAAAAUCUGAUAUUGCCGAUGUUUUACUCGUCGGUGGUUCAACUCGAAUACCAAAAAUACGACAAAUUCUCAAAGAAUUUUUCAAUGGAAAAGAACCAUCGCGUGGUAUCAAUCCAGAUGAAGCUGUGGCUUACGGUGCAGCUAUACAAGGAGCUAUACUCUCGGGCGACGAAUGCGUCGAUAGUGAUAUUGUCGUCAUCGAUGUCAAUCCAUUAACAAUGGGUAUUGAAGUCAAAGGUGGAGCGAUGUCAAAUAUUAUUCCGCGUAAUAGUCAUAUUCCAAUAGUGGAAAAUAAACCUUUUACAACCGCUGAAGAUGAUCAAAGUGUAGUGACUAUUCGAAUCUUCGAAGGUGAACGUCCAAUGACGAAAGAUAAUCAUUUUUUGGGUGAAUUCGAUCUCACUGGUAUUCCAUUUGCACCACGAGGUGUUCCACAAAUUGAUGUAACUUUUGAUAUUGAUGUCAAUGGAAUCCUUAAUGUCACUGCUGAAGAAAAAACUAAAGGCAACAAAAAAAAUAUUGUGAUCAAUUCCAAAACAAAUCGAUUAUCAACCGAACAGAUUAAUCGAAUGAUUAGAGUUGCUGAAAUCUUUGCAGAUGAAGAUAAAGUAGUUAAAGAACGAAUAAAUGCUAAGAAUGAACUCGAAUCGUAA